GCGUCCUGUGCAUGAGUGCGUACGUGUGAGUGCACAAGUGUGUGUAUGUGUCGGUGAGCGUACCCUCGCGCCAAUUUCAUCUCACACAAUUGGUUGAGAGCAAGAGAGAGAAAGAGAGAGAGGGGGAGAGGGAGAGAGAGAAUGGCUGGUAGGAUUUAGCCCUGGCAGCGUCUUUUCCUGUUCACCACAACAAGCUCAUUACCUUUCUCUCUACGCGCUUGGAAACGGAUUUACGCACACGUAAGGAGGAGUUUGGAGGAGUAGUAGGAUGCUGAGUAUCUUUCCUCACCAUCAUCGUUUUCCACCCUGCUCUCCAUGACCUGAAAGUGCCACCACAGUGGGAGGAACGAAACACCAGAGAGAGAGAGGAAGAGGAGGGCAGAAGGCCAGGGAAGGAAGGAAGGAACACACUUUUUUGUUAUUGUUUUUUUUUCCUUUCUGAAAUGGCAGCGACAGAAACAAGUGCAGCGCCAGUGGUCCAGGAAGAUGGGAAGACCCCUGAGAACAAGGCAACAGAGGCAGAGCAACCGGCUAAAAAUGCCAACGCAAACUCAGAGACUGUCAGCAGUGAGGCUGUUGAUAAAGAUGGCACCGCUGUCAACAGCGAGGUGGUUGAUAAUAAAGAGACUGCAAACCACGACACAGCUGUGGCAACAGGGACUGAGGAAGGGGACGGAGCAGCGGCUAGCGGUGAGGCAGCCCCUCCUCAGAGCUCAGAACACACCUCUUCUGCUGAGACCAAGAGCUCGUUCCUGGACUCCUUCCUCAACAAGAGCGGGCUGGGGAAGGUAAUGGGAGGAAGGAAGAAAAAAGAGCAAAGCACAGCUGCAGGUGGAGCAGAGGAGAAUGCAGCUGGAGGGGAGAAAGAGGAUGAAAAAGGAGCUGAGGAAGCUGCAGCAGCUGAAGGAGGAGCAGCAGGAGGUGCAGAAGAAGAGGCAGCAAAAGAGAAAGCUCCAGAAAAUGGAGAGAAGGAAGAGGAGAAGAAAGCAGAGAAGGGCAAACCAACAGAGGCUAAAUCCACAGUUCGAGAUCUGAUCAGGAAGCCGGUGGCAAAGAUCUUCUCCCAUCGAAGCACCGAGAAGAAGGAUGGCAUUGCAGCAGAACCCCAACAAGUAAAAGUCCGGUCCAAGUCCCUGGACCGGCUGGAGGAUCCAGAAGCACUUAACACCACUGCAGACUCCACUGUAGAGGAGGGAGGAACAGCAGAGGGAGGUACAGAGGGGGAGCAGAAAGCCUCGUCCCCGGUUGCCGCCAAGCACAUGAGGCGCUGGCACUCCUUCAAGAAGCUCAUGGCUCAAAAGGCGCAUAAGAAGAGUGGAGGAGGAGGAGAAGAUGGGAAGGAGGAUGGAGCAGAGGGAGGAGAAGGAGGUGGUGGAGACUCCUCAACGCUGGACUCCAAGGAGUCGGGGCAGAAGAGGUGGAAGCUGAAACGUUCUUGGACCUUCCAGGGCCUGAAAAGGGACCCAUCCAUGGUUGGCAUCAGCGGCAAGACUAAGAGCUCUGACAAAGACUCCGCUGACAACGCAAAGCCUGAGGAGGCGGCAGCUGCAGGAGAAGCUGAGGAAGGAGAAGGGGCUAAGGCAGAAGGAGGAGCAGAGGAGGGAGGUGAGGAGAAGGAGAAGGAAAAGGAGAAGGAGAAGGAGAAGGCAGAAGGGGGUGAGGAGGAGAAGGCAACAACAGCAGGAGGUGGGACAGUGACGCAUCAUGCCAGUGAUAUCUGGACCUCCUUCAAGAAGCGCGUCAUCGCCAAGUCCAAGCGAGCCAACACAGAGUGCGCCCCCAGUGGGGAGGACGACACGGCUGCAGGAGAGGAGGGAGCAGCAGAGGAGGGUAAAGACGGCAAGUCAGCCAAGGCCAAGCGCUCACACUUUGGCCGUGCAGUUUCCCUGAAGAACUUCAUCCUGCGUAAGGGAAAGUCCACCAGUUUGGACCUGGGCGAGGGCACCAAGGAGGAGGAGGAGGAGGAGGAGGAGGAGGCUGCAGAGGGUGGAGAAGGAGGCGAAGCAGCAGUCGAGGGAGGCACUGAUGGUGAUGCUGCCACAGUGGCCAAUGACAAAGAUGCAGCAGUUGCUGAGAAGACAGCGGUGGAAGAGAGCGGAGGAGAGGCCAUGAAGGAGGCAGAGAAGAUGCCAGGUGAAGCUCCAGUGACCAAUGGGGAGAAUGGCUGCUCCAAUGGCACAGCAGAGGAAAGCACCACACACAAUCACCAGGAGGAGGAGAAGACGACAGGCAGCAGCCCCGUGAAGAAAAGCAAGGAGGCAGGAGGAGUGAAAGAGGACGCCAACGCCAAGAUCCUCAACGCAACGGCAGCUGUGAACAGCGACAAAAAGGCGGGAAACGUGUGAGGCCACACAAAGAGGAUUAGAACUGCCCGGGAUUCGCUGAGCAAGGAGCUCUGAACCCCCGCCCCCACCCCCACCUCCCCAAAAUCCUCCUCCUCCCUCCCUUCCUUCAUCCCGAAUAAACGGAAUAAUCACGUGUUAACAUAUGACCAUGGUGAGAAAGAGAGAUUGAGAGAAUGAGAGAGAUGCAAUCCAUGUAGAUGACAAGUGAAAAAUAAUAAUUACUCAGAAAGCAAUAAUUCAAGCCCUUCUUUUCAUCCCCCAUCCAUCCUUCACUCCUCCAUCCAUCCACCCCCUCGGUCCAGUACAUGCAUACAUACAGACAUGUACAGCCAGUGCUUUUAUUUUUUCUCUGCUUGUCUGUGAGAUUUUUUUUUUUACUGUUUGUGAGAGAAAAAUGCAAAAACGUAAAGAAUGAAACUGCAGACCCCCCCACCCCCACCCCCUUGUCUUAAACUCUGCUCUCUGUCAAGCCUGACUCCUGAUUGGUGGAUUUAAUGAACAAAACAAACAAAAAAAAGACUUAGUUUUAUAUCGAUGGCCAUUUUGGUUUGUAGUUUCCCUCGACCAGCCUUCGCCCCCUUCCCCCCCCCAUCAGCCUCCGUAGAUAUUUGACAGUACAGCGGGACCAUGUUGCUACAGUAUAUAAACUGCCCUGAGGACUGCCACUUCCCAACCAACACUGCAAUGUCUCCAGCUCUGUGUGUUUAAUGUUUUUAGACUGUUAUAUUGUGUACAUGAUUAAAAAAAAGGGAAAACCACCACUGAAAAUUAAAGUCAAGAUGCUUUUUCUUUUUUCUGUUUCAGUUGGAUUCUCUUUUUUCUUAGUUUUAUUUUUUAAAACCACAUCCUGUCACUGUUUCCGCAGUCUGACAAUACACUGUAAUUAAAAAAUAAUAAUAAUGAUGAUGAUGAUGAUGAUGUUUUGUUGGUCCAAGUUUUCACAUGUCCGCUAGCAAAUUGUCAAGAAAAAAAUAGUACAAUAAAGACUAAACUCUAACAACUA